GCGCGCCGCCCGCGCCCGCUCAGUCGACAGCCGCCCGCCGCACGAGCCGCACGUCCCUAGCCUUGCGACUCCAACACCCGCCAAUUUUCUAAUAACAAAUCGCUCUCCAUAUCAUACUAACCUCUACACUAUUAACAACAUUUAAACAACUUGCAUACUUAAAGUGCUCGAACUAAACGCCGGUGAUAGAACUUGUAAGACGAUUUGUUGUGUCAUGUGAGUGUCAAUGCUGGCUUGCAGUUCUUGAGGCGGCUGUUCGGGAGGUUUGGGAACGUCGUACAGAAAUUAUUAAAAUGGUGCAUUUAAGACGAUUUACAAAAUGAGGAUUAAACCCCCCAAGUUAUGUAGCGAUGUCUGUGAUGUGCAACCGUUAGACAUGAGCUACUUUACAAUGAUCUAAUGAAUGGCGUCAUGGCGGUUCCUAGUAUGACGAUCUAGUGGCGCGAGGUCAAUGGCCGCAUGGCGUCGCGGGAGCAGAUGAGUCAGACGCCUCCCAUCAAGCAUCGCCAGGAGGCGACCUAUAGGAGCUGCUCGCAGUCGUUGCCACUUGACAUUCUAUGGUUGCCGCGCUCGUCCUUCCGGCCGGCGCAGGGCGAGCUGGCGGACUGCGUGCUGGUGGUGGGAGUGUCGCGGCCCAAGCUCGCCGCGGCCCUCCUCUCCGUCACCUUGCUGUCACUCUUCCUCACCUUCCAUGUGCUCUAUGACAGCGCGCUCUAUAGCAUACAGGCGGCAAGUUUAGCAUCGGCUGCGAAUGAGAACCGCAAGAUCUUGCAGAGCCAGGAGAGCAGCCGCACCAUCAACCACCCGAUGGCUCUGAGGAAGCGACUGCGGCCGCCGAGGCCGCCCAGACCGACGAGACGAUUGCCGCAGGCUUUGAUCGUUGGUGUAAGAAAAUGUGGCACACGGGCUCUUCUAGAAAUGCUUUAUCUACAUCCAAUGGUCCAGAAGGCUUCGGGAGAGGUUCACUUCUUCGAUCGAGACGAGAAUUAUGCGCUUGGGCUGGAAUGGUACAGAAGCAAAAUGCCGUUAUCUUUCAAAGGACAGAUAACCAUUGAAAAAAGUCCCAGUUAUUUUGUUACUCCUGAGGUACCGGAAAGAGUGCGGGCAAUGAAUUCUUCAGUUCGUUUGCUACUUAUCGUAAGAGAGCCAGUAACUAGAGCUAUAUCCGACUACACUCAGCUUCGGAGUAGAGCAACGCCCUCUGCGCCUGCGCAGCCUCAGUUACCAGUGCCCGGCCAUCCAGUGACAGAUGCAGCUAAGCCGUUUGAACACCUGGCUAUUUCUCCUGAUGGCUCCAUUAAUAUCGCCUACAGGCCUAUAGCAAUAUCCCUAUACCACGCGUACCUCCACCGCUGGCUGGAGGUGUUCCCACGGGAACAGAUCCUGGUGGUGAACGGAGAUCUGCUGAUCGAAGAUCCGGUGCCGCAACUCCGACGCAUCGAGAAGUUUCUCGGACUUGAACACAAAAUAGGUAGAAAGAACUUCUACUUCAACGAAACCAAAGGAUUCUACUGCUUGCGGAACGACACGACGGAUAAGUGUCUCCGAGAGACGAAAGGUCGUAAACAUCCUCGGGUGGAUCCCGCAGUGGUUACCAAAUUACGUAAAUUCUUUGUCCAGCACAAUCAGAGGUUCUAUGACCUCGUCGGCGAGGAUCUCGGAUGGCCUGAAGACUAGUAACUAACUAAAAGGAAAACUAAAGUGAAUACAGAUAUAUUGCCGCAUAUUUUAACGAUGGAAAAUUGGGGUCGAAUCCCUAGAAUUUUACCAAUUUAUUGGUCUAAAAAUGUGUUGCAACUGUAACCGAAAUUGUUUUUAUUCAAUGUGUUAAUAUGUUCUAUUCAUGUUUUGUUAACAAUACUUUAUUUUUCUUUUACCAAUAAUAAAAAGUAAAGAAAUAAUAAGUAGGUAAAUGAAGAGGCAAAGGUUGAAAUAAGCAUUAGAAUAAGGUUGUUUCUGAACGUAUUUUCAGACUUAAUUUUUAAAUAUAGUCAGAGAUAAAUACAUAUAGAUAUAUGUAUUUAUCUCUAUACGUCGACCAUAUAUCUGUAUUCACGGUAUUUUCAGACUAGCAGGCCAGACAGCAACCAUGGAUUAAUUAAAUUGUUGUGAUCGAAUACAUAUCAAUGUAAUUUACACAUAUCAAUAAAACAUAUCUUUAGCUCGUAAGUUUUUUAAAAUCGUUUAUGUAUACAUAUAGGAUAUUAUAGAAUAGAUCACUAAAAUUAUUUAUUUAUAGUUAUUAUCAAUUAUAUUUACACAAAAAUAAUAACUAUUCCGUAAAGUUCAGUUAUAAUCAUAAAAUUAGACAAUUGUAUCAUUUUGACAUAGAAAUUGAAAGGGAACAACCAGUAAAUUGAAAGAAAUAAUUUGAAUAUACUUAUUUUACACUUUGUUAUACUUGAAAAUCUUUUGGUAACUACGUUAUUAAGUAAUAGAUUUAAUUCAUAAUAAUUAUUACGCACUGAUUUGAUAGACCGACCCACCGCAAUCCUGAGCAAUAUAUUUUUAUAUAUUUAUAAUUAAGUAUUACGUGCAACCUUUUACAUUUAUCCAGUUUGGUACACAGAUUGGAUAUAUUAACUGAUUGUGAUCAUUUCUGUUAUAGGACCUAGUAAUUAUUAUUUAAUUAGAUAUAAGCGUCUUGACAUUAUCAUUAAAAAUAAUUUCUAAAAGAUUGAAUGAAUGUUGUACAUUUUUGCUUCCUCUUUUUAGAUGUUGUGAUUUGAUGAUGUGACGGUGUUAUAUGUGUAUUUUGUUGUUAGUGGAUGUGAUUUUCUCGACUCUUAGAAAAAUUUUCAGCAUUUCAAUUGAAACUUACAAAUUGGAUCUUUAAAACUUAGUGGUUGAAUUGUUGAACAUUAUUUUGUAGGAGCCAUUCAAGCGUUAAAGUUUUCAACAAAUUGGGAAUAUGUGUGUUCAUCAAUUCCAAUUUCUCGCAAUCUUUUUCUGUAUUAUAAAUUGAUGUGAGUUGGCAAAUGUUAAUUACAGUCGUGCAUACAAAAGAGUACCUAUAUGAAGAGCUUCGCAUGUCUACUUCAAAAGGAUGGAUAUCUCGACGGAUCAUAUGAUCUAGUUAUAUUAAUAUGAAGUUUUAUCGAAGUAAAUAUAAAGAACUCUGAAUUACACUUUUGUAUGUCAUGCUUUUGAGUGUAACACCGAUUCUAACAUUAUUUAAAUGGAGAGAUAUGAAUUCGACGCGGGUUUUAGAGUAUUCUAUUUAAGUGUAACGUCCAAGACUGAAGAGUUAGUUAUAUAAGACUAAGUAAUACCUAUCUAGCAUAAAAUGUCCAUAGGUAUACAAGAGGCGUCAUCGGUCGGAGCCAGGCUAAUGGUUUUAGUUCCGUAAGAAGGCAUUUUAAACUCGAAUUUUGGGAGGAUCCCUUUGCGUAGUAUUUGCUUCCAAUUCAAAAUUUCAGAGUCAACGAAUAUUUAUAUGUUUUAUAGUUCCGAUAUAUAUUAGGUACGAUGUAAUUUUAUGAUGUCAGUCUACUAUAAUACAAUCGGUACAUAUAGACUUAAAGCACACGCUGCUAAUUUUUGAUGCAAGUUGUCAAAAUUUCAAAUGUAUAAAGCACUUAGUAUUUUAAAUUAUUUGCAUAUUUAUAAUUAAUUAUCAAAAAGGUCAAAUAAAGAGUGAAAUAUUUAGGUUUAUACAUGUUAUUUAUACAAAUAGCGGUUAUGUGAAUAAGAACAUUUUUGUUAUGAAUAUAUAAGAAUAGGUCACAUAUCAUAUUUUACAUUGGUGCUAAAAAUUUAUCAACUUUGUUAUAAUACCAUUCAUUAUAAUCAUCUUUGACGAGCUUACGCUACUCUGGCAUAAAUCAUAUCAACACAAUCUUAAUUUAUCGAUUUCAACAAUCAUUUUUUAACCAUUUGUGAUAAAAUAAAAAGUUUUGACGACUUGCAUUAACUACAAGAAUAUCAAGCAUAUCAAAUUUUAAUAAAUUGUAGUUAAGUUUUUAAUGUUUAAGACUCUAAUUUAAUAAGUUAGGUACAAAUCCAUAAAGUUUAUUUGUUUAGAAUAAUUCAGUAGUUCAUAGAUAAUUUUAAUCACUGUUAAAUGUUGUGCACGGUCAUGAGGUAGUUGAAGUUUUUAUUAGGGCAAUAAUUUUUAUAGUUAUUAUAAUUUAAGUAAGUUAUUAAAAAAAAUAAUGUUUCUAUAUUUUAUAAUUAUUGUUAAUUUGACUAUCAUUAUUACUGUACUUACAUUUUUGUGAUAUACUUUAGUUUGAUGUUAUUAGAGAUGCCUAUGAUCACACUAAACCAUUUUACGAAGUAUUAUGUAUCUAAAUCUUAAUGUUACCUACAAUCCUUGUAAAUAUCUUCUAAAAUUUGUUUCUAUAAGUUAAUUGUAUGUACCUACAUCUUCAAUAAAAUAUGAAACAGCAA